AACAUAGCUGCUGCGCCACGAUAAAACCAGCUGCCACAAAGCCAGGGGAGUGAAAACACAAAGCGACACAGAACAGAGUGCAGAGCAGGGCUCCUGCACACACAGCAAGAGACCAGCAGAGAACUAAAGGGACAUUUACAAUCAUUCCUCUAGGACAAGAAGAAAUAACUGAGGAAAAGGGGGGCUCGCUUUUGUAAGUGAGAAGAGGCCAUCGAUUUCAGAACCCAGAGCCACGAGCUGCACAGCAGACCAAGACCUCGACAAACCUGUGCCUUCUGUGAAAGAGCGAUCUGCUCGUUACCUGUCGAGAACAGCAGCUGUGAGCCCCAGAGCCAGCCCUGUAAAGCUGGUUGUUUUGACACAGGAUAGUGCUAUUGUUUCUGAUAACACUUCUAAAGCAAGGAAGAUGGCAGAGAACACCAAACAGACACAGGUUUCAAAAACAACAAAUGGUCAUAAACUGGAAGAAGAUUUGCCACCCCCUCCACCACCUGGACCCCAGCAGGAAGGGUUGGCCCCAACUGAAGAGCAGGACCCAAGCUUCAUACCUGUACCUCCUCCCAAAGAAACCUUCUGCACUUUCUAUCAACAGCAACAGAAGAACGAGCUGAAGAGGCUCUACAGGCACAUGCACCCAGAGCUGAGAAACAAACUAGAGGUGGUUGUGUGCAAGGAGCUGGAGGAUAUGAUGAACUCAGACCAAAUCCAAGCCCUUGCAGCUGCUGAAGCUGGGCUUCAGGGGGAGGUUCAGUCCAUGCGUUGGAUUUUUGAGAACUGGAAGCUGGACUCCAUUGGAGAGCACCAUGCUACUAAAAAGAUGCUGGAGGACGAAACUGUCCCGGGUGGAAAUGUGAAGGGCACCUCUUCCCUAUUUGAACACCAGUCCGAACAAAGCACCCUACUCUCCACCUCAAAAACAGCAUGCGAGAAUGAGCAAAUAAAAGGGGCCGUUCACACGGCUACAUGGCUGUUUGAGACACAGCCGCUGGACUGCUUAAACAAACUGUACCCAGAGGAAGAUGAAAUGGUGGAAGCAGUGCUUAAAGAGCCCAUGCAAAGAGGAGACGUGAAAGGAGCACGGCUUCUGUUCGAGUCCUGUCCUUUAGAUGCACUGGGGCGCUGCAACUCUGUGGAAGAUCGCAGCAUCCUGAAGCUGAGAUCUGAAAUACAGGAACAGAAAGGGGAUGUUCAAAAAACUGUGAAGCUCUUCCAAACAGAGCCUUGCUGUGCCAUUAGGGAUGGCACUGGGAACAUUUAUGAAAUAAAGUCCAUAUGCAGAGAGGAAAUUCAGAGCGACAGUGUCAAGACAGCACGCUGGCUGUUUGAGACUCAGCCCUUGGAUUUCAUAAACAGGGACAGAUCAGAGGUCAGGAUCAUUAGGGGAAUCUCCUUGGAAGAGGCACAAAAGGGAGGGGUUGAUAAAAAAAGAUGGAUGUUUGAAACUCAGUCUUUGGACACCAUCCAUGAAAGCAUCCAAGAGGAAAAGUUCCAAGCAAGCACAGAGGUAGUGGAAAGGGCUGAUGUUGAUAACAAACGCAUUCUCUUCGAGACCCAGCCACUAGCUGCACUUAAAUGGGAAUGUUCAAAGGACACUUCCUCCAAUGAAGAGAUAGUUGGAGGGGAUGUGAGAUCAACCAUGUGGUUGUUUGAAACACAGCCUAUGGAAAACCUUAAGGACAGCUUUGAAGUGGGACGUUUGAAGAAAGUGACUGUUACCGAGGAUGAAAGGGGAACAGUGAAGGAAAGAAAAGAAGUGUUUGAGACAUGCACUCUGGAUAGUAUUUGCAAAGAGGCUUCUCAUGAAGAGAGCAGUUCCAAUGGCCAAGGGAUAGAAAAGGGUGAUGUUAAAUCUUAUAAACACCUUUUUGAAACGAUUCCUCUGGGCAGCAUUUCUCAUACUGAGAGUGAAUCUAUUGCCAAGCAAGAAGAAUUGAUGACUGGAAACGUCAAGGACAACAGAGCUUUGUUUGAGACCAGCCCUUUGUAUGCAAUUAAGGACAGCACUGGAAAUUACCAUGAAGUGACCACAGUAAGCCGGGAGCAGGUUAUCAAUGGGAAUGUCCAAAACUACAAGUGGAUGUUUGAGACUAGGUACUUGGAUCAGUUUGAGGAAGGAGCAGGGAAAGUUGAGAUCAUCAAAGGCAUCACCAGGCAAGAAGUGCAAGCUGGGGAUGUCAAGACAGCCAAAUGGCUUUUUGAGACUCAGCCACUCGGCUGUAUCCAUAACCAAAUCAAUCCGACGGAGGAACACUCAUCUGUCAAAAAGGAGGUUUCAGAAAAGGGGAAUGUCAGGACCUGCAGAUGGCUGUUUGAAACACAACCCAUGGAUAUUUUAUAUGAGAAAUCUGAGAUGAAACAAGAAGAAGAAACCAUACCGAAAGCUGACGUGAAAUCCCACACUUGGCUCUUUGAGACCCAACCUUUGGACGCCAUAAAAGAAACUUCCGAGCAGUAUUUGAAGGUAUGCAAUGUCUAUCAAGACGAUGUGAAGACCGUUGACGUGAAAACAGUAAAACAUCUUUUUGAAACAGAAUCGCUAGACAGUCUCGCUGAGCAAGGUGUUAGAUAUGUUAGCAAAGUGGAUGUCCAAUCAGGAGAUGUAUCUCGAGUAAAAGAAAUCUUUGAAACAAAGUCUCUUGACACAAUAGGUACAGCCUCUGUAAAAAUAACAGAAGCUGAAGACAAAGAUGAAAGCAUCCAGUCGGGAUCGGUUCACAAGUUUACCUGGCUUUUUGAAAACCGUCCCAUCGAUACCAUUAAAGAAGUUGAAGAGACCAGUGAAAACAGGCACAUCUUAAGUGAUGUUAAAGGUGGAGAUGUUGGCAAUAAAAAGUUUAUUUUCGAAACCUUUUCCUUGGACCAAAUUCACAAUGAGGACAAGGUGAUGGAAUGCAAGUCAGUUCCCACCGAGGAGCUGCUGAAAAAGGGAGACGUGAAGUCCUGUACAAUGCUGUUUGAAACCCAGCCUCUGUACGCAAUCAGAGAUAAAGAAGGACAGUUUCAUGAAGUCACCACAGUAAAGAAGGAGGAGGUCAUGAGUGGGGACGUAAGAGGUGCCAGGUGGAUGUUUGAAACAAAGCCGCUAGACGCCAUUAAGCAGCAGGAUGAGAUUUUUGUGAUCCGUGCUGUCACACAGGAGGACAUCCAGAAGGGUGAUGUUAAAACAGCUCGAUGGAGGUUUGAGACACAGCCACUGGACUCCCUCACGACUGGAGAAAAGCCUCCAGUGAAGACCGUUGAAGAUGUCCAAGAGGGGGACGUACAGUUAAACAAACAACUCUUUGAAUCUCAAGAUGUCAACCAAAAGAAGUAUGUGCGAAUGGUUAGCGUGAGUGAUGUUCAACAAGGGGAUGUCAGGACCUCAACCUGGCUGUUUGAGAAUCAUCCCAUCGACACCCUGAAAGGUGAAUUCCAGGAAAGUGUGUCUGUGCAAACCGUGCACAGAGAAGACAAUCAGAAAGGAGAUGUGAAGAGGUCUACAUGGUUGUUUGAAACACAGCCAUUAGAUGCUCUCAAAGAGUCUGAACCCAAUGUCAAGAUUCUGGAAGAAAUGCCCCGGGCAGAUGUGAAAAGUACAACCUGGCUAUUUGAGUCAACACCCCUUGAUAAACUUAGUUCAGAAAGUACGACUGAAACUAUGGAAAUGGUGGAGAGCGUGAGAAAGACUUUACAUUGUCUCUUCAACUUCAAUGCAAUACGGUCCCAUGGUAUUGUUAUUGAAGCCAACAAAUGUCGAAGUGUAAAAAUGGCAAAGUAUCAGCUAAUAGAGAGCCAGGGCCCAGUGAUUCAGAAGGAGGAGGUCAUUGAAGGCAACAUUAAAGGAAUAAUGCUGCAGUUGCUGCACAGGACAAACGUAGAGCCCCAGGGAAUUCUUCUUAAAGAGGAUGAACAGGGAAAUGUGCAAGUAACAAAACUAGAGCUAUCUGUGAGCCAACAACAGUCCAGUACAAAGACUGAAGGGGCACUGAUGAAGGCAGAUGUAGCUCAAGCUAUUGACAACCUUCUCAGCCAAGAUACAUCUGUGACAAAAGGAAUCCUAAUCCAAGAAACUGAAAGGGGUCAUGCUGAAAUGACCAUUUAUUCCCUCUUCAGUCACCAGGAAAGCAGGGCAGAAAGCCAAGAGGUCAUCAAAGGUGAUGUGAAAUCCACCAUUGGCAGUCUUCUGGCUACAACACAAGAGCAAAAGACUGCUGCCUCAGUCACGCUGGGUCAAAGUGAGAAAGGAAACGUUCACUUAUAUAGGAGCUGCAUUGAGAAAGGAGACCUUAACUAUCUGAAGAACCUUCAGGAGGAAACCUGUGAGGAUGAUACUGAUUCUCCUCCCAAGGAACAGAUUGAAAUUGUCCAAGGGGAUGUGGAGGGUGCUAAAAGGCAUCUCCAUCAACAUAAAGAGCAGGUACAGAAAUCAAUCAAGGACAUAGUGCCAGGGAACAUUAAGUCCACCAAACAAGUGUUCUUGUCCGAAAAUGUGUCAGAGCAAAGCAGUGUUCAGAAAGAAGAAAUCUUACGUGGGGACAUCACUGCUGCUAAGCAGUCACUUGGACAGGCAAUGAGUCAGCCAAUUGUUGUAGAAAAAGAGGAAAUUGUUUCUGGGGACAUUAAGGCAACACUGCAGUCCCUGGAGCGUGCAAAGAUUCAGAGCAAGCAGCUGGAACGUGAAAUCAUUGUUCCUGGAACAAUAUAUGAUAUAACAGUCCCACUGGAGGAAACAGGUUCCACUACAAAUGGGAAUGAGACUGUAGUGCUUGUUACAAGAGAUACCUGUGCAGAAAAGCAUGGCAUAGAGCAGGGCAAUCAAGCAGCAACAUGUGUAGUAAUGGAAGAUGCACACAGUUCUGAUCUUCAGGCAGCAAUGAAAAGCCUCCGCCAGGCAACAGCUGAAGCAAAAACUGUCCAGCACCAUGUCCAAGAGAGGCACCAUGCAGUUUCUCAAGCCCAUCGAGAACAGCACACUCAACACGUUGCUCAACAGAAGACCAGUGUCCAGCAUACAAGGACUGUGCAGACAUCCAUGCAGAUGAAAGAAACUGUUGAGCAAAAGAAACAACUUAGCAGUGUCACAAGGGUAGAGGAAUCAACUGUGUCCUCCAAAAGCCAGCAGAAGAUAACAUCAGCACAACAAAAGGUCAGUGAUUCUGUGGAGAUUCAUCCCAUUGGAGCUUGCCAGCAGAGUGAAGUUGCAAAGAGUGCAGAUAAUAAUGUUUAUGAUGGGGUUUCACAGCCAUUGGCUGCUGUUGUCAAUCCCUUUAUAAACUCAGAUUAUGAUAUGCAGUCAUCACAAGAAAAGGCAGAACAAGAGAUUGCUGUAAGAGGAGAUGUAAAGGCUGCUAUUAAAUCUCUGCAGAAUGCUGCAGCAGGGCAGAGAGCAGUAGAUAAGGAAGAUGUUGUUCGAGGUGAUUUGCACGCAACUCUUCAGUCUUUGGAGAAAUCUAGCAUUAAUGUUUCUAAAGGAGACUACAAAGCAGCUAUGAUAUACAAAAAUGCAAGACAGUCUUAUUUAGUUAGCACAAAGAAAAACAACACUGAAUCUGUGGUAGUUUCAGUACCUCCAUCUGACACUGAGCUUCCUUCUCCAGUUGCUGUGACUGACAGAGAACGGCAGCCUUCCACAACACUGAGUGAUGCAACUGUAACCCACACCUGUAAGGAAAACAAAACUAACAACUCUACCGAUUCUUCCACAACACUGAGUGAUGCAACUGUAACCCACACCUGUAAGGAAAACAAAACUAACAACUCUACCAAUUCUUCCACUCCUCUCCCUCCCAAGACUUGUGAAAAAGCACCAUCCCCUAAGCCAGCUGUUCCACCAAAACCAGAACACUUGGCUGCAGGCUCCUCUGCUGCACAAGCAAAGAGACCUAUUCCUCCACCAAAGCACCUUAGAGAAGACCAGCUAGCUCCAACAAUUCCUCCAAAAGCUCAAAGACAGCUGCCAGCAAAGUUCACUCCACCUCCUUUACCUCCUAAGCCUUCGUGCUAUCAGGAGACCUCAAUGACCAAAUCUGUAGAAACAUCUGAAAAGGAGUCUUUCCAUGCAGAGGUUUCACAGAACUCCAAACACAUGGAUAUGCACUGUGAGGCAUCUGGGGUUCAGUGUGUCACUGGAAGUACAGCUGUUAGUACCAAAAAAGUCAUUAGAACCCCACUUCAGCUAGCAGAGGAGAAGUAUAAACACAGGAAGGAAGGCCAAAGCAAAGACAAUACUUCAAAUAAACAGCUGACACAGAAGAAGCCUUCAACUGUAAACCCUGAGACCCGUGGUGAAGUAACUGAGAAGAUUGAGCAUGUGCCCCACAAAACCCAAGCCACAGAAGAAAUGCAAGGAUUUAUGCCAUCUUAUUCUGAUGAUAGCACAACCGCAAAUGAAAUGCAUGAGAGUUUUCAAACUGCUCUUCAGAGCUUUGGAGGAAGGAAGACUGGCUCUGUGCACGUAAGCCCACCCACUGAAACAAAUAAAGGUGUCUUUGUGACUGCUCCUGCAUUGCCAAAGAAAGUAAAGAUCUCCCAAGCAAAUGCAACUAACAUAAUUUGUACGUCAGAGGGAAAAAGAUGCACAGAACAAGAGGAGUCCAUUACACAGCAGACGUAUAACCAGGCUCUACAGUGUGCCACUGAAGCUACAAGCUCUGAGCAAGGCUCCAAGAUUCAGUCUGAAAUCCAUACACCAUCAGUGCAGGUGAGCUUCAAUUGCCAGCCUAAAGAACAGAUUGAGCAACAAGAAAACAAGGUCGUUUUAAGAAAGAAGAAAACUGGAAGAGAGACUGAAGAUGAGCGACGCCAAAGGCUGUCAUUCCACAGGGAUGAAAUAAUAAGAGGAAACGUCAGCGCAGCGAUGGAUAUUUUUGAAAACUUGAAGAAACGGGAGGAACUUCAGAUAAUUCUGUCAAAAGUUGAGGAAUUUGAAGGGGAGACUUUUAAGGUUGAUGUGAGAUCACUGAAGAAGUUGUUUGAGAACGUACCUGAAUGGAUUGUGGUUCCCAGCAACAAGGUCAGGCAGAUUAAACCGAAAGAGCAAAAGAAGGUUGAAAGGAUUGAGCCAAAGAAAGAUGAUACAGAAAGCACUUCUUCUGUGGAGCUUGUGUUUGAGGAUCUUGAAAGAGCAAGUGCGGAAAUAAUUCAUCUGAAGGAGCAAACGUUAGCAAGACUUAUGGACAUAGAGGAAUCCAUUAGGAAGGCUUUAUUUUCCGUCUCUAAUUUGAAAUCGGAGUCUGACAUUGCUGGGCUCUCGGGUCUAUUCAAAGAGUCUUUGGGAACCGAGCAAUGCUCAUCCUCCUCCAGUAAUAUUAGGAAGAUUAGUAUCAGCACCAACAAAGCCGAAACGGAAAAUACAAAGCAGGUCUCAGGAAGAAAUGAGGAAGAAGAUGUUGUGUUGCAGGGGAAGUCAGACCAGGUGCAAAAUCCAACACUAGAAAUCCCAACUGGUAAACCCCGAGCCAGUUCUCCAUCAUCACCUUCUUAUAUCUCAAUUCAGUCAGCCGCUAGAAAAACGAAGGUGGCAAUGUCUGAAAAACAAGGUGCGGCUGACUUACCACAAAGUAACUCUUCAAAUACAAGGCCCGCAGGGUGUGAGCCUAGAAAUGCUGACGUCAGCAGACAUUCAGAUCCUUUGCAGCAGGCAACCCUGAACAAUGUAUUCAGCCCACUGAACCCAAGAAGACAGAAAAGCAUGCUUGAGUUGAAAACGGUUCCCGAAGCCGCAGGAAGAGUUGGCACAAAGACUGUUACCGAAAAAUACGAAGAGACUGAUUGUUUUGGGAACAAGAUCAUUACAUCCAAGACCUCCACGACUGUCACCAAGCAGUCAGAAACGAACACCUCCUCCACAUACGAGGUGGUUGCCAACCCAGCUGUGUAUGAAGUCAUGACAUCCCCUCUUGUGAAAAGACCACUUUGCCACUCAGCAGAAAACAGAGUCAAUGAAGGCGGUAUGGUGUGUGUUACAUUUGGUACACCAAAAGCAGGCAAAAAUCUGCAUUAAUAAUACUUUAGCACACAGGCUGCAAGAAGAUUACUUAGACUAUGUAUGUAAUCUUCUGACAUAUUCAUUUGUUUUAAAAUAUAUGCCAUCAUACUGUAAAUCUUUUAGUUUCACUGCUAGACGUGUUUCAUAAUCUUUCUUACUUUUAUUUAAUAUAUGUUCUGUAAACUUUUAUUUAUAGACUUGCAUGACGAUUUUCAUUAUGUUACAGGCAGCUUUUCCUGUAUCUUUUGUAUCGUUACAAACAUAUUAUUAAAUCUUUAAAAAUA